CUCUCUCUCUCUCUCUCUCUCUCAAUUAUCUUGAAAUUUUAGAAUGGAGUGGGAGUGUGUAUACCCCCACACAAGUCCAGAAGCUCACUGAAUUUCAGGAAUGAUGGCGUCGGCCACUUUCAAUUUCUCCAGGGUUUACUUGUACCAGCACCACUCCACAGUUCCCAGAUCCAAAUCUUCUGCAUUAGUUUCAAAUUCCAAACCUUUUCGCUGCGAUUUUAUCGCGGGCAAUGAAAAACUGAUACUAGAUAAUGCGACUAGUCUCAGAACCAAAGCCAAGUUAGCUCCCAAUCCCCGUCGUCGGUUUUCGUGCACUUCUAAUCUGGCGGAGUAUGCCCAGACUACCUCUGCCGUCUAUGGAUUCCUCCUCCUCAGCGGUGGCUUCUUUGCCUAUACUAGGACAGGAAGCAAAGGGUCACUUCUAGGAGGCGUUUCCGGGGCAGCUGUAAUGGCCACUGCUUACUAUCUGAUGAAAACACCAGAGACAGAAGCUCUUGGUGAUGCCCUUGGCUUUGGAUCAGCGUUCCUUUUUGCUUCUGUAUUUGGUAUCCGAUUAGCAGCUACUCGGAAAUUUGCUCCUGCAGGCCCUCUCUUGGCUCUUUCCCUCAGUGCACUGGCUGUUUUUAUAACAGCAUACCUUCAAGAUAGUGUCACUACUCUUUAGUUUUGUCCUUUAGAGAUGCUCCAAUGUAACUUAGAAUUCGUGCAUUUCUUGUUAAUGUAGUAAAGCUGUGAGCAAUUUUUGAAGUCAAUCUUUGUGUUCUAACUACUACCUCUUUUUCUGGAUUUGAAUUUUUGAA